UCACCCCCCUCCCCAAGAUGGCCGCCAUUCGCCAGACUCCGCUAAGCUGCAGUGGCCACACCAGACCUGUGGUCAAACUCGCCUUCAGCCGGCUCACUCCGUACGGAUACUUCCUCAUCAGCGCCUGUAAAGAUGGGAAGCCGAUGUUACGUCAGGGUGACACUGGAGACUGGAUCGGAACAUUUCUCGGACACAAGGGCGCGGUCUGGGGAGCGACGCUAAACGACGACGCAACCAGAGCCGCUACCGGCGCCGCAGACUUUACUGCGAAAGUUUGGGACGCCGUGUCUGGGGAGGAAACUGCAACAUUUUCACACAAGCACAUCGUGAAGAGUGUGGACUUCUCUAAGGACAGCAGCCAACUGUUAACAGGAGGAAACGAGAAACUGUUGAAGAUUUUUGACCUGAACAAGCCAGAGGCAGACCCUGUGGUGUUCACUGGUCACACUAACUACGUAAAGGAUGCUCUGUUUCUGCCUGAUGGGAAACGAUUGGUCAGCGGUGGCGAUGACAAAACAGUCAGAAUGUGGGAUGUGGCCUCACAAACUGAGGUGAAGAAGCUGGAGUUUGACAGUAUCGUGACGGACAUGUCCCUUACCAAGGACGGAUCCAUCCUCGUGGUCACCAACGGGAGAACUGUCAGCUUCUUCAACGCAGACAGUUUAGAGAAGCUGAAGUCAUACAGUACACCGUCUCAUGUGUACUCUGCUUCACUGAACGAAGACAAGGGCUCCUAUGUCAUCGGUGGAGAGGACUUCAAACUCUACAAGUUUGACUACGAAACUGGCUCAGAACUGGAAUCCUACAAGGGUCACUUCGGGCCGGUCCACUGCGUCCGUUUCUCUCCUGACGGAGAGUUGUACGCCAGCGGGUCGGAGGACGGCACGCUGCGACUGUGGCAGACCAACGUCGGCACCACUUACGGACUCUGGAAGUGUGUCUUACCGGAGGACGCCAUCGAAGAAACUAACAACGGAGGCAAUGGCACAAAUUCAGUGAAGACAGAAGGCUAGAGAUGGGGGAAACUGUUUUGGUCCUAUUUAUUUCCAAACAUAACAAGAAAGACUGGACAAACAAGGAGGAAAGAACUUCAGAAAGACGCCUUGUCUUUUAAAUGAUAACCAAGAAG